UGCACACAGCAAUGAAAUAAUUCCCAACUCAUCUAUCUGCUGUUUGCUUCGCUAUGAUUCUUCGGGUCGGGAUUUCUUCAAUUCUUCUCUCAACCAUUUUUCCGAUCCUAAUUCUCCAAACCCUUGCUAUAAAUCCACCGCGCGAUUCACACGACUCCUCUUGAUCCGAUCAGAGAAAGCAAUGUUGUAUUGCCACUACUUCUUGGGUAUGCAUAACUGGCUGCUGCUUGGUAGUUGACGCGAGAAGCUAUGAACAUAGUUAGAGGUGUAACUGACUUUAUCUUGAGGUCUUCUGGUAGCCAAAGUAGAGAACAUGGUUCAACCUCGCAAUCAGGAAGGUUCAUUUUGCCGGCAGCAGUUGUUACUUUCAGUAACGUUGGAGAUGAGGCAAUAUUGAAGGUACUUUGGGAAAGAUACCUGAAUGCUGUUAAUGAGGUGGAAAAGAGGAAGCCCUUCAAUAUAUUUUUGAAGCAAUUUUUGACAGUAUUUGGGAAUUGGAAACCCCUUAAUCUGGGUCAGAUUCCUGAAGAACCUCUCUCCACAUCAACAGAGGAAUAUACACAAAAUAUUGGUGAUGUGGUGGUUGGUUGUAGUUUUGGGCACCCCCCGGAUAUAAUACUAGCCUUGAUCGAAGAAGUUUCACAAAUAGCAAGUUUGUUUAUUGACAAUCAAAUGGGUGUUAUGGAAAGCCUGGACAUAUCUUCUGAAACAUGGAUGCUGUUAGAUGCAUUGACUAUUGUGACCCAAUCCAUUUAUAACUGUAAAGUUUUUGGUUACUAUGGUGGCAUUCAAAAGCUUACAGCAUUAAUGAAAGCUGUUGUGGUCCAACUAAAGACUAUUACUAGCGCCAUUCCUUCUGAUGAAACUUCAUUGAAUACAAUGGUACAAAAUGCUGGAGUUUUGCAAAAGACACUUGUCCACGUGGUGUCCAUCAUAUGUAACUUCAUUGAUAUACCUUCAACUAUUGAUGAAAAUGUUCAAGUUGAGAGUAGCAAGGCAGAGUCUUCAGCAGCAAUGACCGAUGAAAAGUUAAUCAACCCUUCAACUUAUUUAAAAUAUCCAGUUUCUGAGGCAAUCUUGUUGUGGCAUCAAACAACAGUUGUAUCAGUUUUGGAAGCCGGCGGUCUUAAUUGGUUAUUAGAUAUUUUGCGUUUGAUCAGGAGAUUGGUUAUGAAAGAACAGUGGGUUGAUAUGUCUCUUCAACACUUAACUCUAAGGGCUCUCCGAGCAGCUUUGGCUGACAAUCCACGUGGGCAAAACCAUUUUAGAAGUAUUGGUGGCUUGGAAGUUCUUUUGGAUGGUCUUGGUAUUCCUACAAUUGAUAGCUUAAUUGCAAAUGAUAUUUCAAGCCAUGAGAAGAGAAGCAAAAAUCCCUUGCAUGGUAUUUUUGAUCUCCAUGUUUUAUCAUUGGAAGUUCUUAGGGAAGCAAUCUUUGGAAAUACCAACAACUUACAGUUUCUGUGCGAGAAUGGAAGGGUACACAAAUUUGCAAAUAGCUUCUGUUCAGUUGCAUUCAUGCUUCAAGACUACUUGCACGUGAAGUCUAAUACAAGUCAUUAUUUGGAUGAGCUUGAAGGAAGGGAAGCUAAGACUUCAGAAUAUAUAAAAGCAGAGAUGUCCCAUCCUGUUCAAUCUAAUCUAUCUAUUCUACAAGAUUGGAGUGAUUAUGUUUCCAAGUUGAGUGGAGCUCUUUGCCAUUUUCUUCUUGAAACCAAAGAUUGCUACUUAGGUUGCAUUCAUCACUCCAUCAGGAAACAUGCAGUGGUUUCUGCAGUCUAUGAGGAACUUUCUAUAAAGUGGUUCACACGGAUGCUUCUCACAGUUUUCCUGUGCAUCAAGGCUUGUUCAGACCAAAAUGAAAUUCCUUGCCACUUAAGGGUCUUUGCCAAUGUGAUGCAGCAGUAUGUUAUUUUUGCAUUUAAGAAGGUUCUUUUGUCAUCACCAUCAUUACUUGAUAUCUUCCGUAAAGAGCAUAUGUGGGACUUCAUCUUCUCGGAGAAUUUUUUUUACUUUGGCCCGGCUCCUGCAAUAGAUACUUGUAGCAUGAGUAAAUUUUUGUUAAUGGAUGAAUAUAGAGGUCCAAGUUUGGUUGAGGAUGAAGUGAACACAAGUGAAGUUGGAAUUCUCCAGGCUCAAGUUAUCUCAUUCAUGGAAUUUGCAGCAACUUUACCUGGAAGUUCCCACAACUUGCCUGAAUGUACUGUUUUGUUGGAUGCCCUUGAACAAUCUGCCUGUAAUCCUGGCCUUGCAACUGUUCUUUCCAGAAGCCUCCUUCAUAUAUUGCAGUGUUCACUUGAGAAAACUGCUUCCUCAUUUAAGUCCCUCGAUGCAAUUCCUCGGGUGCUCAAGGUUGCCUGGAUUCAGGUCCAGGAGUCUAAAAGAAGUGAAAAUGAUUUUUCAGAUGCCUCUAUGAUUGGCACAGUGUCUAAUCAAAGCCAUGAAGUGUCUUACUCACCUGAGGACUGUCAGAGUUGGGAGAAAUGCAUAAACAUACUUAUGGAUCUAUUUGCAAUGUAUUUCUCAAUAUCUGAUGAUGCAAAAAAUUCGAUUAUUUCUAGUUCUCUCUGUAUCAACUGUAUGUUUGAUUUAUUUUGGGAAGAUGGUCUAAGGAAUCUUAUGCUCAAGUAUGUUCUUGAUCUCAUGAAGUUUGUUCCACGUAAUGAAGAGGACCAGAAAGCAAAAGUCUUUCUGUGCUCCAAAUACUUGGAGACAUUCACACAUGUGAAGGAACGAGUUAUGAAUUUUUCAGACUUGGCAAUUGAGUUGCUGGCUGGAAUGAGAGAGAUGUUAUUAGUAGAUCAAGUGCAUUAUCAAGCAUUAUUCCGUGAGGGUGAAUGCUUUUUGCAUGUUGUGUCUCUGUUGAACGGGAAUUUGGAUGCUAAAAAUGGCGAGAGAUUGGUUUUGAAUGUCAUCCAAACACUGACUUGUUUGCUGUCACAAAAUGAUGCUUCAAAGGCUGCUUUCAGGGCGCUUGUCGGAAAAGAUUAUCAGACUUUACAGAGUUUGCUGCUGGAUUUCUGUCAAUGGCAGCCGAGUGAAGCGUUAUUAUGUGCCCUGCUUGACAUGCUGGUUGAUGGGAAAUUUGAUCUCAUAGUAAAUUCUGCCAUAAAGAAUGAAGAUGCGAUCUUGCUGUAUCUCAGUGUUCUUCAAAAGAGCAGUGACUCAUUGCAGAACCAUGGGCUCGAGAUAUUUCUUCAUCUGCUGAGGGAUUCCCUUUCUAAUCGAGCUUCGUGUGUUCAAGCAGGAAUGCUCAACUUUCUUCUGAAUUGGUUUUCACAAGAAAAUGAUGAAACUAGGGUUUGUAAAAUUUCCCAGUUAAUUCAGGUAAUUGGUGGGCAUAGCAUAUCUGGGAAGGAUAUACGUAAAAUAUUUGUUCUUCUCCGUAGUGAAACUGGUUCUCGGAAGCAGUCAAGCUCAUUACUCCUAAAUAGCAUGUUAGCAAUGCUAAAUGAAAAGGGGCCCUCUGCAUUCUUUGAUCUCAAUGGGAUUGAUUCUGGAAUUGUAUUAAAAACACCUCUUCAGUGGCCCCUGAGCCGAGGAUUCUCAUUUACUUGUUGGCUGAGAGUAGAAAGUUUUCCCCGAAAUGGAUCGAUGGGACUCUUCAGUUUUCUGACAGAAAAUGGACGAGGGUGCUAUGCUGUUCUUUCACAGGACAAGUUACUUUAUGAGUCAAUUAAUUUGAAACGGCAACGACUAUUGAUAAAUGUCAACCUUGUAAGAAAGAAGUGGCACUUUUUGUGUUUAGUACAUUCUGUUGGUAGAGCAUUUUCAGGGGGGAGCCAGCUGAAAUGUUAUCUGGAUGGUUCUCUUGUAUCUUCCGAAAAGUGCAGGUAUCCAAAAAUUAACGAACCAUUGACCAGUUGCAGCAUUGGCACUAAGCCCAAUAUCCUGAUGCAUGAGGAAGAGAACCUCAUGCAUGCUCACGCAGAUUCUAGUCCUUUUCUUGGUCAGAUUGGUCCCAUCUACUUGUUCAAUGAUGCUCUCUCUUCUGAAGCUGUGCAGAAUAUCUCUUCUUUUGGGCCAAGUUAUAUGUACUACUUUCUUGACAACGAAAUUUAUGUGGACAACUUAUUGUCUGGUGGGGUUCUUGAUGGGAAAGAUGGACUUGCAUCAAAAAUGAUCUUUGGACUUAAUGCACAGGCAAGUAAGGGUAGAACCUUGUUCAAUGUUUUACCAAAUGUUGAUCUUACUCCCGAUAAGAAGCUUUAUGAAGCAAUUGUAUUGGGUGGAUCACAGCUAUGCUCACGAAGGCUUCUGCAGCAGAUCAUAUACUGUGUUGGGGGGGUGUCUGUAUUUUUCCCUCUUUUAACACAGUCCAAUAUGAUUGAAAACAGACGAAGUCAUCAUGUUGGGGAGUUGCCCACUCCUGUUACUAAGGAGAGUUUGGCUGCUGAAACAAUAAAUCUUAUAGCAUCAAUUUUAGAUGAUAAUCUAGCAAAUCAGCAGCAAAUGCUCCUACUUUCAGGAUUUUCAGUAUUGGGAUUUUUAUUGCAAUCAGUUCCAGCCCAACAGCUGAAUUUGGGAUCUCUUUCAGCAUUGAAGCAUCUUUUUAGUGUUGUCUCUAAUGGUGGCUUGUCAGAGUUGCUGCUGAAUGAUGCUGUAUCUUACAUAUUUCUAAACCCUCAUAUAUGGGUCCAUACUGUAUACGAAGUGCAACGAGAAAUGUAUAUGUUUCUUCUCCAACAAUUUGAUAGUGAUCCAAGGUUUCUAAAGAGCCUGUGUAGACUUCCUCGUGUUCUGGAUAUUAUUAGACAAUUUUAUUGUGACGAUACCCACAGCAAAUCUACUUCUGAUGGAAGAACUAUUAUGCAUUCCAUGGAUGACCUAAUUGUCGGAGAGAAGCCUGAUAGGGAAGAAAUACGUAAAAUUCGUCUUUUGUUGUUAAGCCUUGGUGAGAUGAGCCUCAGGGUGCAGAUAACAGCAUCUGAUAUAAAAGCACUUGUUUCGUAUUGUGAAACCUGUGAGGAUAUGGCUUGCAUUGAAGAUGUUUUAAACAUGAUCAUACGUGCUGUUUCCCAGAAGCAACUUCUUUCUUCCUUUCUUGAACAAUUGCACUUAAUGGGAGGCUGUUUGAUCUUUAUCAAUCUUCUAUGCAGGGAUUUUGAGCCGGUUAGGUUACUUGGCUUACAGUUCAUUGGAAAAAUUCUUGGUGGAUUUCCAACAGAAAAGAAAGGAUUGAAGCUGUUUACCAUUCCAGUUGGACGAUCCAAGCCUCUGCCUGAAGCUUCUAAAAAGGCACCCCUACAUAUGCAACCUAUUUUCUCCAUAAUAUCUGAUAGGAUCUUCAGAUUUCCACAGACAGAUCAUCUGUGUGCUACUCUGUUUGAUGUUCUUCUAGGUGGUGCUAGCCCAAAACAGGUGCUUCGGACGAACGCACAAUCUGAAAGACAGAAGAGCAGCACAAAUAAUUCUCAUUUCUUCCUUCCGCAGGUUUUAUGCCUCAUUUUCAGAUUUUUAUCAGGUUGUGAGGAUCGCACUUCAAGAAUUAAGAUAAUGGGAGAUCUCCUUGAUCUUCUAGAUUCAAAUCCUUCGAACAUUGAGGCUUUAAUGGAAAAUGGAUGGAACGCUUGGUUGGAGGCCUCUGUGAAGCUUGAUGUGUUAAGAAAUUACAAGUUCAACAAGCAAACCCAUGAUGACUCUGAGAUGGACGAGCAAUAUUUUAUCAGAAACAUAUAUAGUCUUGUUCUUUGUCACUAUAUUCUUUCUGUAAAAGGUGGCUGGCAAAACUUAGAAGAGACUCUGAACUUCCUACUAAUUCAAAGUGAACAAGUUGGCUCCUUUCUUCGUGAUUUAUACGAAGAUAUGACACAUAAGCUGAUAACUUUAUCUACAGAUGAAAAUGUAUUUGUUUGCCAGCCAUGUCGCGACAACACAUUGUACUUUGUGAAAUUAGUUGAUGAAAUGCUCAUUUCAGAAAUGAGCCAACAGCUUCCGUACCCUGGACGCAGCUCCAAGGUUCCCCAGGCUUUGGAAUUAGAUAAUUGUCCUGACAUCAAUGCUGCACUGUGUGAAGCCCUGCAGGGAGGAAGUCCAGAAAACUUAUCAGGAACUUCUGGGUCACAUAACCAGAAUGACUUAAAUGAGGACAGACUAAUUUCUGACCAGUGGUGGAAUAUAUACGACAAUCUUUGGGUUAUUAUUAGUGAAAUGAAUGGGAAAGGUCCAAGCAAAGUGUUACCUAGAGGAGCUUCAUCAUCGACGUCACCAUCUUUAGGCCAGAGAGCUCGUGGAUUGGUAGAGUCAUUGAAUAUCCCUGCUGCUGAGAUGGCUGCUGUUGUUUCUGGGGGCAUUAGCAGUGCUCUGGUUGGAAAGUCGAAUAAAACUGUUGAUAAGGCUAUGUUGUUGAGAGGGGAGAAGUGCUCAAGAUUUGUAAACCGCUUGAUAGUACUUUAUCUUUGUAGAUCAUCUCUUGAGAGAGCAUCACGCUGCGUGCAACUGGUUAUCCCUAUCUUGCCUCUCCUUCUCUCUGCUGAUGAUGAGCAAAGCAAGAGUAGGCUGCAGCUUUUUAUCUGGGCCUUACUUGCUGUUAGGUCUCAGUACGGGAUCCUAGAUGGUGGUGCUCGCUUUCAUGUUAUUUCUAGCUUGAUAAGAGAAACUAUUAGCUGUGGAAAGUCUAUGCUUGCUUCAAGUGUUAUGGAUGGUGAUGAUUUGCCUGAUUUAAGUUGUAGUUCCAAAGAAGGAAACUCUAUAUUUAAUUUCAUCCAAAAGGAUCGACUUCUUUCUGCGGUAACUGAUGAAAUCAAGUAUAUUAAAAGUCUGACAGCUGACCGAGUUUUACAAUUAAAUGAGCUGCGAAGUAGACAGGAAGAAAAUACAGUUUUAGACUGUAAUCAAAGGAAAGAUUUCGAGGUUCAGAUAGAAAAUAAUUUAAAUGCCAUUCUGGCAUCUGAUGACAGCAGAAGGUCUUUGUUCCAGCUCUCCUUGGAUGAGGAACAGCAAAUUGUCGCUGAAAAAUGGAUUCAUACAUUUCGUUUGCUGAUUGAUGAGAGGGGUCCAUGGUCUGCCAAUCCCUUCCCAAAUAGCAUAGUUACACAUUGGAAACUCGAUAAAACAGAGGAUGCAUGGCGCUGUAGGCAGAAGCUGAGGCGAAAUUAUCAUUUUGAUGAUAAGCUUUGUCGUCCCUCUGCAAUUCCUAACAAUGGGGCAGUUUCUUCUGAGAGUGAUGGCAAACAUGGUUUAGGAGCUCUCUCAUUGGAGAAAAUGAAGCAAUUUUCAGUAAAGGGCAUCCAUAGAAUUACGGAUGAAGGGACUUCAGAACCAAGUGAAAGUGAGUCUCAAUCUAGCCAGCAAAAAACCUCAGAGAUUGUGGGUACUUCUUCAGAAAAGGAAUUUUCUGAGGUGGAGAAGGAGCGCAGUGGACCGGAUAUUGUGCAAGACAGAGAAGACUAUCCCUCAACCGGUGACUCGAAGAAGAGCGAGGUUCUCACGACAAUACCCUGUAUCCUGGUCACACCAAAGAGGAAAAUAGCUGGGCGAUUAGAAGUUAUGAGACAAUACUUGCAUUUCUUUGGUGAGUUUUUGGUGGAAGGUACAGGUGGGUCAUCUAUUCUUAAAAACGCAUACACCUCAACUACUUCUGAUCCCAGCAAACCUGAACAUUUUGGAGGACCACAGAGGCAGAAGCUGCUAAAAUUCCCUGUGAAUUCACAUUUAGAUUUGGAAAGAGUUAAUGCAAGUGAGAAUGCUAGCUCUAUUGACCGAAAACAGAAUAAAUGUAUUAAGCGCCAUCGCUGGUGGAGUUUAUCUAAGAUUAAGGCUGUUCAUUUGACUCGAUAUCUCCUGAAGUAUACUGCAAUUGAAAUUUUCUUUACAACCUCUGUGCCUCCAAUAUUUUUUAAUUUUGCAUCCCAAAAAGAUGCAAAGGAUAUUGGAAACUUCAUAGUAGCAACCAGGAAUGAAACUGUACUGCUCAAGGGCCUCAAGGACAAGGCUGGAGUUAUUUCAUUUGUUGACAGACGCAUAGCUCAAGAAAUGGCUGAAACUGCUAGAGAAAGCUGGAGGAGAAGAGAGAUUACUAACUUUGAAUACCUAAUGAUUCUCAACACCCUUGCUGGAAGGACAUACAAUGAUUUAACCCAGUAUCCUGUGUUUCCUUGGAUAUUGGCAGACUACACAUCUGAGACUCUUGAUUUGAAGAAGUCAUCAACAUUCAGAGACUUAUCUAAACCUGUGGGAGCUCUUGAUCCAAAACGAUUUGAGGUUUUUGAGGAUAGGUACCGCAACUUUGUCGACCCUGACAUUCCCAGCUUCUAUUAUGGUUCUCAUUACUCGAGCAUGGGAAUUGUUCUCUAUUACCUACUUAGAUUGGAGCCAUUUACCUCUCUCCACCGUACUUUGCAGGGUGGUAAAUUUGAUCAUGCAGACAGACUUUUCCAAAGUAUUGAAGCCACUUACCGAAAUUGCCUUUCCAACACCAGUGAUGUAAAGGAGUUGAUUCCUGAAUUUUUUUACAUGCCGGAAUUUCUAUUAAACUCCAAUUCAUAUCAUUUUGGUGUAAAGCAAGAUGGUGAACCAAUUGGUGAUGUUUGCCUUCCACGGUGGGCCAAGGGCUCACCAGAUGAAUUCAUCAGUAAGAAUCGGGAGGCCCUCGAAAGUGAGUAUGUCAGUUCAAACCUUCACCACUGGAUUGAUUUGGUGUUCGGUUACAAACAGCGAGGAAAGCCCGCUGUUGAGGCUGCAAAUGUUUUCUAUUAUUUAACUUAUGAAGGUGCGGUUAACUUGGAUGAGAUAGAAGAUGAUUUGCAAAGAUCAGCCAUAGAAGAUCAGAUUCUUAAUUUCGGUCAGACUCCAAUUCAAGUUUUCCGGAAGAAACAUCCAAGGAGAGGGCAACCUGUCCCAAUAGCUCAUCCUCUGCGAUAUGCUCCUAGCUCUAUUACUCUAACUUCUGUUGUUUCAAGUGUAACACCUUCUCCAGUUCUGUAUAUCAAUGUGCUGGAUUCAUACAUCAUCAGCGUGCACGAAAACCUCAGAGUUUCUGUUAAGUUGUGGUUGACAACCCAAUUGCAAUUUGGUGGAAACUUUACAUUCUCUGGUUCUCAGGAUCCCUAUUUUGGAAUUGGUCCCGAUGUAUUCUCGCCAAAUAAAAUUGGGAGCCCUCUGGCUGACAACUUUGAACUUGGACCACAAUGUUUUGCAACCUUGCAAACACCGUCUGAGAACUUUCUCAUUUCCUGUGGCAACUGGGAAAAUAGUUUUCAGGUCUUAUCUCUGAGUGAUGGGAGAAUGAUGCAGAGCAUUAGACAUCACAAGGAUGUCGUCAGCUGUGUUGCAGUAACUUCCGAUGGAAGUAUUCUGGCUACUGGAAGCUACGACACAACUGUUAUGCUGUGGGAAGUUGUUCGAGCCAGAGCCCCAGAAAAGAGAUCUCGAAAUCCACGGACUGAAAUGAAUUGGAAGGAUUAUGUUGUUGCCGAUUCUCCUUUCCAUAUUCUCUGCGGACAUGAUGACAUUAUCACAUGCUUAUAUGCUAGCGCCGAGCUCGAUCUAGUGAUAAGUGGUUCAAAAGAUGGAACAUGCAUUUUUCAUACCUUGCAGGAAGGUACGUAUGUGAGGUCUCUUCUGCAUCCUGGCGGCAGACCAUUGUCCAAGCUUGUUGCUUCUCGUCAUGGUCGUAUUGUGUUUUGUGGAGACGAUCUUAGUUUACACCUGUACUCUAUCAAUGGGAGACACAUUUCAACAGCUGAAUCCCAUGGGCGUCUCAGCUGCCUUGAACUGAGUUGUUGUGGUAACUUUCUAGUUUGUGGCGGAGAACAAGGACAGAUUAUUGUCCGGUCCAUGCAGUCCCUUGAAGUAUUGGCAAAAUAUAAUGGGAUGGGAAGGUCGAUUAGUUCUUUGACUGUGACUCCAGAAGAAUGCUUCAUAGCUGGGACGAAAGAUGGAAGCCUUUUAGUGUAUUCCAUUGAAAAUCCCCACCUACAAAAAUCUAGCCACCAGAGAAAUUUGAAAACAAAAGCGUCUGUAACUUGAAGGAGUACUUAUUCGCCAACCUUUUGAUGUUGAAGACACAUAAUCUUCAGGGUUUCAGAUGCAACAUGUCAUCCAUGAACAGUCUCUGAAUCGUCUCCUUCGUCUGGAGAACCCCAAGUGCAGGAUCUUCAAGGCUCUGUUUCAUUGACUAUACAUCAACACAGAACAACACACUCAUUGGUUGUCUUAAAAUCCUGCACCGGCUACAAAAACUGAGCUCCCUAAUCAUCAUAGCUAUAAAUGCUAAUCUAACCUGAGGCGGUGAAAGGUAUAGAUUUUUACUUUUUUUUUUUUUUUUGUUUUUUUGUUUUUUUGCAUCAAAGUUUGAUCAUAUAUGAUGGAUAUAAAAGUAGAAUUUUGGUAAAUUCUGGGGUUGAAUGCAUAUACAUAUUUACAUGUGUCUUCUUGCUUUA